UUUACUUUUGUGACCUACACAUCGAGGUAUGACACCCUACUGUGCGCGCCUGUGCUGAGUCUGCGCGUAGAGUCCCAGUAAGGGCCAUCUGUAAGGACAAUCGCCUUCCUUCCGCGUCAAUCACCAUCCGACGCUCAUUGUCCAUGACUGUGUGGGGAAUCCAAGGCUUCGCUUAAGCAUAUGCUGGAUGGGAGAGGAAACAGCACAGGGAUUGUCUAGUAUAGUACCCAAUCGCAAGCGCAAGCGAAGACGACAUGCAGUGGUAUCGGCCUCGUCACCUACACAGUCUCAUGUUAAGCGGACUCGACACGACCACCAAUCGUCAACCCUUCCCGAACCAUCAUUGUCACACGACGAGAAGAGACUAAACGAUCGACAGGUGAACGUUAAUGAUCUAAGUGGCAUGGCAGCGUUGGACGAGCUCAAGUACGUCACGUCGACUGGGUCGACUUUGACUGCCCAAUCUGCCGGCCAUGUCCUUAGUCGAUAUAUCAAUUCAUACGGCAAGGAUCCGUCUGUAUUCCGCCAAGAAACAACGUACGAGAUCGUACCUAUGCCCGGCCCGCCAAAGCGCAAGAAGAAGCCUAUGAAUCAGGGAGCACCUCAACAUCUCAAUCAGCCUCCUCCAGAUUCCUUGUUCCGAUGCACAUUGUCUCUACCGCCCGGAUGCCCAUUAAAAUCCAUGUCGUCUCCCGCUCACAGGUCCAAAGAUUCGGCCAAGAAGCAUGUGUCAUUCGAGUUGGUCAAGACCUUGAUCAACAUGGGGGAAGUGGAUCAGAACUUGCAACCUAAACCAAGAUCCGUCGUUCCGAAAGAGUCUCGAAAAGACGCGAGGUACGACAGGAUAGCGGCAGCCAUAGAAUCCCGCUUGGCGUCGCCGUUGGGAUCGCCUGCCCCGGAAGACGGUAGAACGUCAAAGGAUAGGAUUCAUAAUUUCAAAGAAGCUGUCAAUAAUGGGCUGCCACCUCAGAAGUUGCGUUCAAACGGGAUGCCUGGGACGGAUGAGUACGAGCAUCUGACAGAUGCUGCAUUCUGGACGUCGUGCCCCCCAUUCUCCUGCGACAAUAUCCACGCCACCUUCUUCAAGACCAUUCUCGAAUCUCCAUUCGACGCGGUCAACUCAACCUGCCGUACAAUGUGUUUCCUUACAACGAAGCCUCUGCCUAUCUUACCGGAAGGUGGCUCACGCUAUAUUGACAUUGGCAUGCCAAAGGUGGGGCGGGAGGGAAUCUCAGUCGAUGCCAAUGUCCAGCUGAGAAAGGGAGGCCUGCUUGAAAUCAAGGACUCUGCGAUGCUCGAGACUAUGAGGCGGUACACCGAGCGAUUAGUGCGCUCACACGUGCAUAAGAACGUUCAUUUGGAUCUGACCAUGGCAAAGUGGCUAUUCAUUCCCCUCAAACUGGAUGCUGCCCCAGCCUUGAUCUCAGAUUCGGUCGACCCGACUAUCCUAGACUGGGACGAAGUCAUAAGGGGAGCCGAAUCGAAUUGGACCCCUUUGACGUGUUACGACCCGCAUGACCUGGCAGCCGAGAUGUCAGACAGUCUCACAACCACACACGUGGAGUUCACCAAACGCUCCGCCAUCAGAGCCAUUCGAUCCGACUUGACUCCCUCUACCCCAUUGCCAGGUGGCAACGGCGAGACAGCUUUAUCCGAACAGAUCGUCGCUCCUCCUCCACUCGAAUACCCCGACCAACCUCUACUUGAAGUUGAGGCUCUACAUCCCUGUAAGAUGGGAGGUAUCGUCGCUUCUGUUGCCUUUCCUCCUCAGAUCAAGUUUCUCAUCCCCGAAUUGACUGCGAAACACUGCAUCUCAGCCAGUGUCUCGCGGGCAACUUCUGUGAUCCCGGCUUUCAUGAAUGCUUUGGACAACCUCAUGAUAGCUCAGCAAUUGGCCGAAGGGCCUUUCGAAAGGUUGAUCGACUUGGAUCUAGCCCUAACUGCUCUCUCUGCCCCCAUGUCACAUGGCUUGGCACCAGAGAAGAGCUACCAACGGCUAGAAUUCCUCGGCGAUGUAAUACUCAAGUUGCUCACCGCGGUGUACCUAUUGCAAACAGUGCCAGAUACUGGUCCCGAGUGGGAGACAUUGCAUGCGGAGCGACAGGUUAUGGGGUCGAAUCGUAGACUAUACGAUAGGGCUGUGCAGAGCGGAAUACCACCGUAUAUCCGGACAUCGAGGAUAAGAGCCAAGGAUUGGGUUCCAUCAGGAUGGACAGUCAUUCGUCUACCAGCUGAGAAACCGGCCAGAUCGGAGGAAAAGCACACGUUGGGCGAUAAAACCGUGGCGGACGUCGUUGAGGCUCUUAUUGGAGCUGCCCAUGAAUCAGCUCCCGCUCAUCAGAGAUUGGAUCGUUGCAUCCACGUCGCGCACAAGAUGAAACUGGAAAUGCCAGGUUUCAGUCGCUGGUCCGAUUUGAGAGCCUUAGACUCGGCCUCAUUCCGGUCAUCAUUGCCGUCAGUGCCGUUGAUAGUCAUGGGACACGCGUUUCGUACACCUCAACGGGGCCGUGAUGCUCUCAGUAUGAGUCAUGACCGGACUAGGCGGUCAGCGUUUCAACGGUACAAAACCAUUGGAGAUGCCAUUCUGGACUAUUUCAUCGUCGAAGAUUUGUUUCACAGAAAUACUACCUUACUGUCAGGGUCUCUGAGCAACAUGAGGCAUUCUCGACACGGAGAUUCAUGUCUAGCUGCUCUCGCCGCGUCAUCCGGCCUAUUGGAUCUCCUGACAGAUGUCCCGAUGGAUGUUUUGCCUAAUCUGCAGGACUUCAAGCGCAAUAUCCGCCGAGGUCAAAGGAUAGCGGACCAGAAACCUGAGCCAAAAGAACGAUGGGAAUUCUGGAAAGAGAUUCCUUCUCAACACUACCUUGGUGAAGUAGUGAAUGCUCUCCUCGGUGCUAUCCUUUUAGACGCAAAUUGGAACGUCUUGGUCGUGCGAGCGGUAUAUGAAACACAUAUCAUGCCGUUUCUGGAUCGAUACUGUAUCGGUCCCAAUGACCACUUUUGGCAUCCCAAAGUCGCGCUCAACGAGCUCCUUGCGGCAAGAGGAUGCCGCAAAUGGGCGAUUGAGGACAUCGGACGAAAGUUCGAUGUGGACCCGUGUGAGGUGAUCGUCACUAUGCAUGGGCAAAGGAUUAGCCAGGGGCUCGCAGAGACGCCGGUCAUUGCGACACGUAAAGCCUGUGAUGUCGCUGUGAAGCGUCUGCAGGCGGAGAAGCUCUCGGAGACGCUAUGCGAUUGUCCAAAGAGGAAGAAGUCAACGUCGAAGUUGGCCUGAUAGGGCGCAUCGGCUCGCGGGUGCUUGCUAGAGAUUCAUCAUCGCGGCGAGCGAGGCGAGUCUACUCGUAUAUAUUAGAUGCAAGCAUCCUU